AUGGAAUCUACUGAGGAAGUAAAUCAAGAUAGCGGAGAGAAAGUAUUAGAGGAAAAUAAAGCAAUUCAAAAAACAGCAACGCCUCCACCACAAGAACAGCCAAAGAAAUCAAAGAAAGAGGAUCGUAAUAAAAAAGAUGAUAAAAUAGUAGAACAGUUCAUGAAAUCUCUAAAUUCAUUGCCGUUAGAAGAAAAAUUUUCAUCUGUUUGUAAAAAAUAUGUACAGACAGUGGACGAUAAUAAAAAACUACAGUUUUAUAUCAAACAAUCAGACAAGCGGUACGCUGUGCUGUUAAAGGAGAAGGAACAGUUACAACAUGAAUGUAACAAAACGGUUCUCGUUAAGUCGAAACUUGAAAAUCUUUGUAGGGAAUUACAGAAACAAAACAAGGCUAUAAAGGAAGAAGCUCUACUCAAGAUCCGUGAAGAGGAAGAACGUCGUAAGGAGACACAGGCUAAAUUUCAAGACACACUUUCAGAGAUCACUACACUGUUACAACAGAAUACAGAGAAAAACACAAAACUCAGAGAUGACAACAUCAGUAUGACGGAAAAGUUUAAAAGUGUUGUGCAACAAUACCAGCUUAGAGAACAACAAGUGGACAAAAUGGCGAAGCAAAUGGCUUUAGAAUCUCAAUUAUCUGAGGCUAAGCUCCAAAAGGCGUCACUAGAACAUCAAGCUGAAAACCAAGUUCUAUGGGCAGAAUUGGAAAAGAGUAAUACAACCUUAAAACAAUACGAGGCCAAGAUAUUGGAGUAUCAGGGAAUUGAGUCAGCGCUGAAAACACAACUGGCAGCUUAUGAAAGUAAAUACGAGGAGUUUCAAAACGCUUUGGUGAAGAGUCAUCAGGUUUUCGGGAGAUUUAAGGAGCAGAUGGAAACUAUGUCCAAGAAAAUCCAGAAUCUGGAGAAAGAGUCGUUAUCAUGGAAGAAGCGAUGGGAGACGUCUCAGAGCGCGCUGCUGGGAGUGUGUGGAGAGAGGCAGGCCAGUGAGGAGCGAGCGGCCGCUGCUAACAAACAUCUGACACACAUGCAGGCGCUGUGUAGAACACUGCAGGCUGACCGUAACAUGCUCCUGAACAUCUUGAAGGAGAACAACAUCGAGCGGCCCCCCCUCCCCGCGCCGCCGCCGGCGCCCACCCCGCCGCCUCCUACACCCAGCAGUAACGCUAAGGUUGAUGCAAUGGCUGCCAACUGUACACAGCUGAGACAGAGUCUCGCUCAUCUACAGGAUCAGUUGAACGUGUUGACGAAUAAAAAGGAAGAAUCAGCAAAACCGGAAACUAAGAAGAAAUCCAAAUCUAAAAAGAAAGCACAGAAAAAUCAAGAAAAGAAUAAUGUUAAAGAGAAAGAAAUUGAAAAUGCAAAGGAUAAUUCACAGGAGAAUACAUCCAAUGCUGAAGAUGUUUCCCAAAACGAUGAGUGUCUUGAGAAAAUUGAUGAUACUAUGGAGAACUUCCUUCAAGCUGUGAAUAUGGCUAGCAUAAAGCUAGGUGAUCUAGAUAUUGGAGAAGGUAAUCAAAAUGGAGAAUCUGAUCUAGCUGAAGUAUUAGAUGAAGCAGUAUUAGAAAAUAAGUCUCCGGACGACAAGGAAGUAGUUGAUAGUGCUGCAGGCAGCCAAGAAAAUAUACAGAGUAAUAUACAAGAAGAUAAAACAAUGGAUUGUACAGAAGAGAACUUGGACGUUAAAGAAGUUCGGGCAGAAGAUAAAGUGGCUGUUGGUGCUGAAUCUUAA